AUGUCUCGAAAUUACCGUGUCGUCGAACCGCACCCUUCAGUCCCACAUGCCGGUCGUCCAGCCGUCUACACCGGCCGAGGAGGAUGUGGAAAUAUCGUCAACCUAAAGAAUACCAAGACCACCGACUCGCGCAGCGCAACCGGUCCAGCCUCUCUCGCCCGUCUCGACUCUCGCGCCCCAACAACCUUCAUCUCAGGCCGCGGCGGUGCAGGCAACGUCCACAGCAGCACCGAACGAGCCAUCUUCAGCUUCGACGAAGAACUCGAACGUGAUCUCCGCCAGGCGGCCCCCGUCUACCACGUCGGACGUGGUGGUGCCGGUAACACCAUGUACCGUGACGACUGCAGCAAUUCCAGCCUGAGUCGCAAGUUCUCGGCUGCCAGCACGGCGACGAAUUCCAGCUCUGGAUCUGUGGCAGAUCGGGCCCGGGAUAUGGCUCGUCGUGGUCUCGAGAAGGGUUGGGGAAAGCUCAAGGGAACUGCCUAG